CACGGGCGCUGGUUUGGGUCGGGGUCCAAAACGUGCGGAUCGGCGUCCAUCGCCAUGGCGACCAAACCGGGGCAAUGGAUGGUGACGGUGACGAUCUCGGGAAGCAACCGCUUGGGAGUCGAUGCCGAUUGGAGCGACGGCAAGACGCUGUACAUCAAGGCGAUCCUGGCUGGAGCAGUCCAUGAUUGGAACAGAGAGAACCCAACGAAGGCGGUGCAGCCAGGUGAUCGUGUCAUCUCAGUAAAUGGCGUCACUGGUGAUGCCCAAGCAAUGGUCCGGGAGAUCAAGGAUCGGAAUCUGCUUCUGUUACUUUUUCAGAAGGCGGAUGAAAAGAUGGCGGAGCCCUCAAGAGAAGACUCAGAACCUGUGCCGGUUCCGGGAGUGGCUCGCGCCGGGAUGCCUUUGACCCUCCCGGGGAUGCCACCGCGCACUGUGGAUAUUCUUUUGGAGAUCCGUGCUCGAGCAGCUGAAAAACAAGAGGCCCAGAAAGGCAUUGCAAGAAAGCCGCCCCCCAAGCCGUCCAACGAGCCGCCCAACCAUUACGAGGUCUUGGGCAUUGAAAUGAAGGCUGACGAUGCGGCCAUCAAAAAGAGCUACCGGAAGUUGGUGCUGCAAUGGCAUCCCGACAAACACCCGGCCCGCUCCGAAGCCGAAGUGAAGAUUCGGCAGAUCAACGCGGCGUAUGAGACCAUCAGCAAUCCGCUGAAGCGCCAAAGUUAUGAUCAGAUGCUUCAAGCGAUAGAAAGAAAGCGCUUGAACAUUCGAUUAGAGACGCAAUUUAUCAAGCCGAGGAUGAGCAUUCCAAAGGAAUUCAUGCUUUGUCCUCUAGGCUCUUCGGAUAAAUUCGUCCGAAUCGUUGAGAACCAGUUGUUGGUGCAGUCGCGCGAUGAAGCCCUUGGGGUGGCCUUCCAGGAAUUUUUCCAGGCGGCCAAAUUUUCUUUGUGGUGGCUGCCUGAAGUGAACAAUAUGUGUCGACUGCGAGCCCGCGAAACCGCAGGCCAGGGUAUGGAGGGUGGCAUCAAUGUGAGCUUCACCUUUGAAGCAGGUCAGGAAGAGGAUGAUAGCAUCGAGUCAGCCUGCGAGUUGUCUGCUGACCAGGAUAUGAAGAGAUGCAAUCUCAUUGUAAGUGCUUCACCCUUCAGUCAGGGCGCCUAUCGCUUCGAAGGCGCAUUCUGGCCUGGUCGAUACAUGGCCUACCGGUCACCAGAACAGCUGCGGAUGGCCGGAAAGGUUGAUGAGGGCAAUGAUGUUGCAGACUUUGUCCUGGUGGAUUUUUCAGCUGCAUACAAGUUCAUGACCACCAGCGAGGUGCUGAAAGGAGCCGUAGAUAGCCAGGGCGGGGCCGAAGGAGGCUACGUCAAGCUGAGCGAUUUGCGGGCGGACUUACAGGUGCGGCUCUACUUCCAGCAGAUGCUGGGCAGUGCUGUGUGGAACAACAAAGACUUCGAGACCUUCUUUGAAGGUCACUACGAAGAAUGGGACUUUGAUGCCAAGAAUCUGAGCUGA